GCAGAAUGGCUGUUCCCCUUCCAGUUAGUGACAGAGACAGGAGGAGGGAGCACAAAACCCGGGGGAAGAGAAGCAGGGUCCACAGAGCUGCUCUUCUGCCUCGCAAAAUCUUGUGGCUGCAGAUGCUGGGAGUUACUUUGGAGUGAGGAUGGUUUUUCUCUUCUGCAUUCAGCCUGCGUCACUCUCCCGUUCUUUAACCGAAGUAUGGUAAUCUGCUCCUGACCAGCCUCCCUGGCUGCCAGCAGGAUUUCCUUGCGCUUGCCUAUUGAGCUCUUCUUCCCAGGCGUUAUGCACUCUUAAUGCCUGGAGCGUCUUCAUCGCCGUGCUGUGCAUGCACGUCUCGUACCAAAAGUAGUCGCUGCUCCUGCGUUCCCCCAGCAGCAGCACAGAGCAGAUGCUUCCAGCUUCCCUCUCGGGCUGUGCUUUUUGGUUUUGAUGAAAGUUGCCUAGUGUUGUCUCUGGAUUUGUGCUUUCCUUUCUCCGUGUAAUGGAUUGUGAAGAUUUCUUCAUUCCUCGUAAAGAAGAGUGCUGGCAAUGUUCUGUCCUUCUAAGGAUUGCUUUCCAAAUGUUUUAGCUCUGGAGACAUACAGAUUAAAUCGAGGCUUUCCUGCAGUGAGCAUUUCCAUUCUACUUGCCAAUAAUGUAUGAGUUACAAAUUUAAUGGCAGACUUUGAAGUAUAUAAAAAUUUAAGUCCAGAAAAAGUUGAAAGAUGCAUGAGUGUUAUGCAGUCUGGGACUCAGAUGGUUAAGCUGAAGAGUGGCACCAAAGGGCUUGUUCGUCUCUUCUACCUGGAUGAGCACAGGACCUGCAUCCGAUGGAGACCGUCCAGAAAAAGCGAGAAGGCAAAAAUUAUCAUUGAUUCCAUUUACAAAGUCACCGAAGGGCGACAGUCUGAAAUCUUCCACCGCCAUGCGGAGGGGAACUUUGACCCAAGCUGUUGUUUUACCAUUUACCAUGGCAAUCACAUGGAGUCACUGGAUCUGAUUACGUCUAACCCAGAGGAAGCUCGCACCUGGAUCACAGGGCUGAAAUAUUUGAUGGCUGGAAUAAGUGAUGAGGACUCGCUCGCUAAGCGACAGAGAACACAUGAUCACUGGGUCAAACAGACCUUUGAGGAGGCAGACAAGAAUGGAGAUGGCCUGCUGAAUAUUGAAGAGAUCCACCAGCUGAUGCAUAAACUAAAUGUUAACCUGCCCCGCAGGAAGGUCCGGCAGAUGUUUCAGGAAGCAGACACGGACGAGAACCAUGGAACUCUCAAUUUUGAAGAAUUUUCAGUGUUUUACAAGAUGAUGUCCUUACGUCGAGAUCUCUACUUACUGCUGUUAAGCUACAGUGACAAGAAAGAUCACCUUACUGUUGAAGAACUUGCUCAGUUUCUAAAGGUGGAACAAAAGAUGAAUAACGUGACACCAGAAUACUGUCUUGACAUCAUUGAGAAGUUUGAAGUAUCGGAAGAAAACAAGAAGCAAAAUGUUCUUGGGAUCGAAGGUUUCACCAACUUCAUGCGCAGUCCUGCUUGUGAUAUAUUUAAUCCACUGCAUUGCGAAGUGCAUCAGGAUAUGGAUCAACCCCUUUGUAACUACUUCAUUGCUUCAUCUCACAAUACAUACCUCACCGGAGACCAACUGCUGUCCCAGUCCAGAGUGGAAAUGUACGCACGAGUGCUGCAAGACGGUUGCCGAUGUAUUGAAGUGGAUUGCUGGGAUGGUCCGGAUGGAGAGCCAGUUGUGCACCAUGGCUACACCCUCACCUCUAAAAUACUCUUCCGUGAUGUGGCAGAAACUGUCAAUAAAUAUGCCUUCGUCAAAAAUGAGUUUCCAGUGAUCCUGUCUAUUGAAAACCAUUGCAGUAUUCAACAGCAAAAGAAGAUCGCUCAGUACUUGAAGGAUAUAUUUGGUGACAAACUCGACUUGUCAUCUGUAACCACUGGAGAUUCCAGACAGCUUCCUAGCCCUCAAGAAUUGAAAGGGAAAAUCCUAGUGAAGGGUAAAAAGUUACCGCACACUCUUGGAGCAGAUGCUGAGGAAGGCGAAGUUUCAGACGAGGAUAGUGCUGAUGAAAUUGAAGAUGACUGCAAAUUAAAGUACUGCUAUAGUAAUGGUGCAACUGAGCACCAGGUGGAAUCUUUUAUAAGAAAAAAACUGGAAUCUCUGAUAAAAGAAUCCCAAAUCAGGGACAAAGAAGAUCCUGACAGCUUCACUGUGAGAGCCCUGCUAAAGGCAACUCAUGAGGGUUUAAAUGUUAACCUGAAGCAGAACCUAGACACAAAAGAAGGUGGAAAAAAGUCUCAUAGCCGAUCAUUAAUGGGCAACUUUGGUAAACACAAAAAAGCUGUCAAGGCAACGUCCAAAUACCAUAGUACAUCGGAUGAUGAAGACAGCCAGCAAAACUCCUCUGGAAAGGAAACAGGGCAUCUCCACAGCAGACUGGCUCGUCGAAGGAAAACGGUGAAGCUGUGCCGAGCUCUGUCUGACCUCGUGGUGUACACGAACUCUGUGGCAGCCCAGGAUAUAGUAGAUGAUGGAUCAACAGGGAACGUGCUAUCAUUCAGUGAAACGAGAGCCCACCAGGCAGUGCAGCAGAAGGCCGAACAGUUUAUGCUUUACAACCAGAAGCAGCUUACAAGGGUCUAUCCAUCAGCCUAUCGGAUUGACUCCAGCAAUUUCAAUCCUUUACCAUACUGGAAUGUUGGGUGCCAAUUAGUGGCACUAAACUAUCAAUCUGAGGGACGCGUGAUGCAAUUAAAUGAUGCAAAAUUUAGGGUAAACGGCAACUGCGGUUAUGUCCUCAAACCUCAGCAGAUGUGCAAAGGCACAUUCAACCCCUACUCUUCUGAUCCACUUCCUGCCAGUCCUAAAAAGCAGCUUAUUCUGAAAAUCAUCAGUGGACAGCAGCUUCCUAAGCCUCCUGACUCAAUGUUAGGAGACAGAGGAGAGAUAAUAGAUCCUUUUGUUGAGGUGGAAAUUAUUGGGUUGCCUGUUGACUGCUGUAAAGAUCAAACCCGGGUGGUUGACGACAAUGGGUUUAAUCCUGUUUGGGAGGAAACACUCACUUUUACCAUCCACAUGCCUGAAAUAGCUUUGGUGCGAUUUCUUGUUUGGGACCAUGACCCUAUUGGGCGAGAUUUUGUUGGACAAAGAACUCUGGCCUUUAGCAGUCUUGUGCCUGGUUAUCGUCAUGUGUAUUUAGAAGGACUGACGGAAGCAUCCAUAUUUGUUCAUAUAACCAUUAAUGAGAUCUAUGGAAAGAACAAGCAACUGAUAGGACUCAGAGGGUUGUUUAACAAGAACCCCAAGCACAAUUCUGCUGAAACCAGCGGGCACUACGUACGAAAGCGAUCUAUUGGUGAUCGAAUUCUCCGUCGCACAGCCAGUGCACCAGCAAAAGGUAGAAAGAAAAGUAAGAUGGGUUUUCUGGAAGCUACUGAAAUUAAAGACAGUGCAUCUGAGCCAAUAGACUUGAAAGACAAAGAAGGAGUUGUAAGACGUACAAGCCGGAGUUUGCAAGCACGUCCUGCUUCUAUGCCUGUGGACAAAUAUCUUCUUGUAGGGCUGCCAUGCCCGGAAGAUGAAACCACCCAAGAUGCCAAAGGAAAAGAAAACACAUCCGCCAACAGUGAUGACAAUCCAAAUGAGAAGGAAACAAACUCCAAAGAAUCUGGUUUUGCGUGUUCUGAGAAAACAGCAAAUACUUCAAAUUUAGCAUCUCAAUUUAAGAAAGAUGACCAGAAGGAGAAUACAACUGACUCUUUAGUACCACCUCUACAGGAGCAACCUGAAAAUGUAGCUUUUGCAAGUGAUGUAGCUGAAACAAAUCACCUCAUAGACUAUCAGGAAAAUAAUGUCUCUGAUGAAGUUGUCCCUCUCGUGCAGGGCUCUGAUUUUGAAGUUUCCAUAGGAAAAACAAAUGACGAAACCCAUGCAGAUGAUAAAAAGGGAGAUGACAUCAAAGGGCUUAAAGAGGAGGAGGAAACUCUUGGGGGGGCUUCCCUUUCUCCAAAAGUAGAGAGGGAAAAUCACAACUAUGACAUCAAGAAAAGCACUGCAGCCCCUCUUUCUUUGACAGAUAUUUCUUCUACCAUUUGCUCUGACAAUCCUGAUUUGCACUCCACUUUAACCAUGCACGACAGUGACAUUUCUCGCCUUAUCGAUGAAGUUUCUUUAACGAACGAGAGUGAAAUGGAUAGCGCUCUCUCGGCUCUGAUCAGACAGUUUGAUGUCACAGAUGACCAAAUUAAUCUUGCCGCAGUCUCAAGCCUCCAUGGCACUAACAGCCAGACCUUCAGUGUGGUGGCUACACACCCGCAGACGCUCACUGCGCAUCUGAACAGUCCCUGUAACCACAACUUUACUACUACAAAAUCUGUCAAAUCCCCUUUAUUCUCAACUCCAAAUAGUACAGUGUUCUCCAGCCCUGAGACCGCAGACUACUCUGUGUACACGAUUAUCCAUGAGGCUACUCUUACCCCAGCUUCGGAAUGCAAGACCCACAGUGAAUUAGUUUGCAACAAGAAGUUGAACAGUAUGGAAAAUAACUCGCCCAGCUGUCCUUGUCCUUCACCUCUCUCUUUGCUAAGUGCAAAUCCCACAAGAAAAUGUGGAAUGAGCUGGGAAGCCCCUGAGUCUGCCAGUUCUUUUGCUUCCAAUAGCCUCAUCUUUGAGGAGACACUCGUUGACCCUCCCACUGGUGAAAAUUCAGAAAGCAGCAGUCUUGUAGAAGUAGAUGGGGAUUCUCAAGAGCUCUUGGUAACUGCAUGUGAGUACAAAAGAGAAGACAUGAGCCAGCUGGCUUCCCCUUUGAAACUGAGGCAAAAGCAAGAUGUUGGGCCUGGUGGUGAGAGGACCUCUGGGAACGGCGCAGCUGUUGAGCUCUGUGCUGCUGCUCUGUGCUGCUCAGAUAACUUCAGGACUGCAGGGAGUCGGCUCCCUUUUCCAGCAUGUGAAAACAUUGGCUUUGUGUAUCAUCAUCACUCAGAUAAUCAGAAAAACAUAAUGUGUGCCUCUGAGAGAUCCCGGCUCGAUGUACACUCACCGGUGCUCAAAAAUGCUUUGGCUUUUCCUUCUCCUUCAGCCAUCAAGCAGACGAGUCCUUGCAAAUCCAAGAGUCUGGGUGACCUGACAUCAGAGGAUAUUUCCUGCAAUUUUGAAAGUAAGUACCAAUACAUAAGUAGGAGCUUUAUCUCGUCGGGCAUGAGAGACAAGAAACUGGCUGCUAUGAAGAAUAUGAGACCGCAUUCUACAGAUGCUCUGACAGAACAGCUGAGGAAGCUGGUGUCCCUGGACCAGGAGGACAGCCAUCAAACCCUGUACUCAAAGCAGAUCGACGAUGACUGUCCGAGGGCGCUGGUUAGAAAACUCUCAUCCAGGAGCCAGAGCAGAGUGCGGAAUAUAGCCAGCCGUGCCAAGGAGAGGCAGGAGGCCGCCACCAAGCAAAAAUGUCCUAAUACAAACAGCGUAGCAGGCGUUGUCCUUCGGAACAAGCCCAUGGCAUCUCCUCACGUUAUCAACAGGCAUUCAACGGGCUCGUACAUAGCCAGGUACUUGAAUGGCUUCCCUGGGGAGGACAUGGAGGGUCGAGGAAUACCGGAGGGUGCGUGUGCUGCUUUGCACUAUGGCUGUAGAGACCAGUUGUAUACACAUGAUUCCAUCCUGCAGCUGGAACCCAAUAGUGAUGAUAAGCCUGAAAUUUAUUUCCUGCUGAGACUGUAGAUUGUAUAAAUGUACAUCUUCAAUGUUUACAAACUAUUUCAUGGAAAUGAAGGAUUUUUAGCAAGAAACACUGUUUUGGGAGUUUAAAUUAUUUAGAAAUACGAUUUUAUGCUAGCGAUUCAGUCAUGAUUUAGUGUUCCCUUUCCUGUCAAUGCUUUUGUAAAUAGAAGCCAAGCUCCAUCCUAAUGUAUGUACUUUAGAAAUUAUGAAAUGAAGUAGUCUGGGGACUUGGUACGCAGUAAGCGUCAUUUGUAGCUUUUUGUAUUUGUAAUGCAUGUCAUUUUUAAGCCGAGCACAUCUGUGCUCAAAAGCCUACCGAUGCGAUGGAUGCAAUAGUGUUCUGUUUUCCCCAUGAACUCUCCUACUGUUUGGAAAAACAUUUUUAAGUGAUUGUUUUCAGCCUUUUGUGCAAAUUCUACUGAGCAUAGUGCUUUCUGGUAUUUUUAACCUCCUUGGGAUUAGGCUGCUGCCCGACUCACGCUGCCCAACAAGCAGUGGUUUCAGAGUGGGACCCUUCAUUAACAUCACUGUUUUCUCUGUCUUGUACUUAAUUGUUAAUAUUAAUUUUACGUCUUUCCAUGUGUGAACUAGGAUUCUGCAGCGAACAAUUUGUAGAAUUAGUUAGUCCAAAUUUGUGAGUAACGUGUAGGUUUGUCUUCUGCCUGCUCAAUGAAGUGUAAUGACACUUGUUUUCCUUUUUGGUCACUGUGUUGAAUGCUCGUUUCAGGACAGAGUGGAAUGUGGGAAUAAUUCUGCAUUUAUGAAUGGAAAACACUUAAUUUCUGCAUAUUUUGCUAUGUAUUUUUGCUAUUGGUUGUGUGUGUAGCUUCAGUACGUUUCUGUGUUUGAUUUUAUUGCUUAACUGUUGACAGUCAGUGGAAUAUUUAAAACUGACAUAGUAGAGUAAGUAUCUCGACUGUCCAUCUUUUUCUAUGAAUGCUGAAAGUGAAUUGAGUGAGUAAUUUCAAAUACCUGAAGCUUCCCUAUAAGGAACGAAAUAGCUUUAUUUUGGUUUUAAGAUAUUCUUUGUCUUGACUGUAAGUUUUUUCUUAAAUGUAAAAGAUGUAACUUUUACCUCUUUCUUUUGUAAUGCAGAGUAUUAUUAUUCUUGAAAAUGUCAUUAAAAUAGA